AAAGCAUUCACUCAAAUGGUGACAAACAUUACAAACACUGAAUUCAUUUGAUUGACAAUCAGUUGGACACAAGUCUGUGAAACAGCCGGACAUGAGCUGCGAGUCAACCAAACCAACCAAACUGGAAGAAUGUCUUCAGCCAAUUGGUUACAUGAGAUCCAUAUUCAACCGAAAGAACGGAACUCCUCGACAGUCAUCGAUAUGUCCGCAAAGCAAAGGUUUCAUUGACUUAAAUAAAUGUGUGUUCAAUAACCCGGAUCAUUGUCUCGAUGGCCUGCAACACUUCACUCACAUCUGGUAUGUCUUUGAAUGACAUGAUUGUUAUGAUACCACUGAAGACCGUUGUUUGCAUGAUCACUGAUAGGAUAAUAUACUACUUCCAUAUGAACACCAAUAAGAGGUGUCACUCCAAAGUGCGUCCCCCAAGACUUGAUGGCCAGUCGUGCGGAUUAUUUGCCUCCCGAUCCCCGCACAGACCCAACCCAUUAGGACUAUCACUGGUUAAACUGGAUUCAGUGAAAGAUGGAUUGGUAUUUGUGUCGGGAAUCGAUUUAUUGGACGGAACGCCGAUUAUAGACAUUAAGCCGUAUAUCAAACAAUACGAUUCCCCGGAUGUGUCCACUGAUGGCCAACAAACCAGCGAAACGUGCGAUUCAACUGAAUCUGAAGACCAAGAG